AUCGCUUCCUCCCCUCCCCUUCUGUGACGUCACUGUCCCCUCCGUGGCCUCCUGCCAUAGUUUUUCAACGCCGGGCGAAGAUGGCGGCCAUACAGGCGAGGUGUUAUUGCCAGUGGACGUAACCAGGACAUUUUUUUAUUGACAAUUCCAAACCGAGUCAGUCAGUCUACCCGCGUUUAGUCACCCCCUUGACGUCUUUUGUGAGGUUUUUUUUUUGGAUACAUUUUUUACGCUCCCCCCACACAACAUGUUUAGUGACUAGCUGGCUAACGGAGAGCAAGCAGUCUACUAGCUAUAGCUCGCUAGCUCGCCGCCGUCAAGAGGAGGAUGGGAGAAAAGCUGGAGCUCAAACUCAAAUCGCCGGUCGGAGCGGAACCCGCCGGCUACCCGUGGCCCUUGCCGGUUUACGAUAAACACCAUGAUGCUGCUCAAGAAAUCAUCGAGACCAUUCGGUGGGUGUGCGAAGAGAUUCCAGACCUCAAACUGGCAAUGGAAAACUAUGUACUCAUCGACUACGACACCAAGUGUUUUGAGAGUAUGCAGAGACUGUGUGACAAAUACAACAGGGCGAUUGACAGCAUUCACCAGCUGUGGAAAGGGACCACCCAGCCCAUGAAGCUGAACAAGCGACCUUCCAACGGGCUGUUGAGACACAUCCUCCAGCAGGUAUACAACCAUUCGGUGACCGACCCGGAGAAGCUAAACAACUAUGAGCCCUUCUCCCCGGAGGUGUACGGGGAGACGUCUUUCGACCUGGUGGCUCAAAUCAUCGAUGAGAUGGAGAUGAUGGAGGAUGACACCUUUGUUGAUCUUGGCAGCGGCGUGGGUCAGGUGGUGCUGCAGGUUGCUGCAGCGACCAACUGUAAACACUACUAUGGCGUGGAAAAGGCAGAUAUUCCAGCAACCUAUGCAGAGACCAUGGACAAAGAGUUUAAAAAGUGGAUGAAAUGGUACGGGAAGAAACACGGGGAAUACACACUGGAGAGGGGAGAUUUUCUGUCUGAAGAAUGGAAAGAACGAAUUGCCAACACAAGUAUUAUUUUCGUGAAUAACUUUGCCUUCGGGCCUGAGGUGGAUCACCAGCUGAAGGAACGUUUUGCAAACAUGAAGGAAGGUGGAAAAAUUGUAUCCUCCAAACCAUUUGCACCCUUAAAUUUUCGAAUAAACAGCCGAAAUUUGAGUGAUAUAGGCACAAUAAUGCGUGUGGUGGAGCUCUCGCCACUGAGGGGCUCUGUGUCCUGGACUGGAAAGCCUGUUUCCUACUACUUGCAUACCAUAGACCGCACCAUACUUGAAAACUACUUUGCAAGUCUCAAAAAUCCUAAACUCAGGGAAGAGCAAGAGGUAGCUAGGCGACGUCAUCAGAAAGAUACAAAGGACAGUAAAAGCAAUAGUACCACGCCCACCAAAACUAAGGAACAAAACAAGCAGGACUCUGGUGGGGAGGAGGAGCAGCCUCCUUUGGUGACAGUGGUUAAGGCCGCCGCCAAACCCCGCCGAGCAAAGCUCAUGUCCAAAGGUCGGAAGCUGAACAACAACAGCAACAACAAGAAGAGAGGUCGACCCAAGAAGGCAGCACCGGCUGUUGACAAAAACAAGAAGAACCAGAGCGCGUUGGAUUUGCUGCAUGCCAAGACCCUUUCUGCAGCACCCCCUCAGGAUGCAUACCUGCAACCACGGAGCCCCUUUUAUCAACUACCUCCUAAAGUUCAGCACUAUCCAGCCAAUCAACUGUUGCUGAGCCCAACUCCUCCUGGUCUGCAAAAUCUGCUAGAUAACUUUAAAGUUCAAUACCUCCAGUUUAUGGCCUACAUGAAGACUCCGCAGUACCGCUCCAACCUGCAGCAGCUUUUAGAGCAGGAGAAGCAAAAACACAGGGAUUUGUCUGGACAGGCAGAGCAGCUCCAUUCCAUCUGCCAGGCUCACAAGGACAAAAUCAAAGGUCUCUUUCAGACCAAACUCGACGAGCUGGGAGUGAAAGCUCUCACUGUGGAGGACCUGCUGCAGGCUCAGAAGGAGAUAUCAGCUCAUAACCAUCAGCUGAAAGAGCAGACAAAACAGCUCGAGAGAGACAUGGCUUUGCUGAAAGACCACAGCCUGCUACUGCUGAAGUCUCGAUGUGAGGAGCUGAAGCUAGAUUGGGGCUCGUUGUGUCUGGAAAAUCUACUAAAGGAGAAACAGGCCCUGCGGAGACAAAUCUCUGAGAAGCAGAGGCACUGCUUAGAGUUGCAGAUCAGCAUUGUAGAGCUGGAGAAAAGUCAAAGGCAGCAGGAGCUUCUUCAGCUCAAAUCUUACAGCCCUCGUGAGGAUUCACCUUAUAGAAAGAACCCAGAUGCCUGCUCCUCCGCAGACAUGGACACCUCCAAGUUUGCACUGUCUUCUGCCCAAGUUCUUAAUGGCAUCAGCCCAGAAAGACCCAUCAACGGCACCAGCUCGCCUUCUUUUGAGCGGCCAAGCACUAAGAUUGAGCUCCUUUCACGCUAUCUCCCCAUCUCUCCCGACCACGACAUCGUGUCUGCCAUGCCUGAAGCUCGGCAGAGACUGCAGAUCUCCCACGCUCUUCCUGAUUACACACGCUUCUCCCCAGCCAAAAUUGCCUUGCGCAGGCAUCUGAACCAGGAGCCCACGGCCUCUGGCCACCUGAGAGGCCUCGGGCUGCCCACACACAGGAUGGAAAUGGGUGGCAUGAACUCCCCUCUUGGAGCCAAGCAGAGCAGCCCGUCUCCUAAUGCAUCUGAUACACCGAGGAGCACUGAGAGGGGUGGAAAGGAGAAGAGUCCAUCUGUUCAGGGAGAAAGCAGCAUCAAAAGCCUUCCAAUAAGUAUUCCUCUGAGCACUGUCCACCCAAGCAAACUUCCAGUCAGCAUUCCACUGGCCAGUGUUGUGUUGCCUAGUCGGGCUGAGAGGCUGAGAAGUACUCCAAGCCCUGUGUCUCAGGCCUGUCAAACCAAUGGAUAUUCAUCUUGCUCAGGGCUCAUGAAUGGGGGUCUACACCCAGAGGAUCAAAAUGGUGCUUCUUCAUCGCCUCCAAACACAAACACACCUCUGGCAGGACCGCUGAGCAGAGGAGGUCCCAUUCAAAGCCCCCCAGUCAGCACUGGGGGUGUUCUUCAUUAUGCAGACGGACCUCCUAGGAUGCUUCCGGAAGAUGGCGGCGAAGAAUGCCAAGAAGCAGACUCUGACACGGAACCGCAGGACAAUGAACUACGGAGGAGAAUCUUUUUCUCCUCGUCCUCGUCGUCGUCCUCCUCUUCCUCGUCAUCAGGCAGUGGAGGCAGCGUGGCCGGAGGAUCACGCCUCCACCAUCAUGCCGGCAGCUCAGCCAAGCAGGGAUACCACAGUAACCACGGCAACCACAACCACCAGUCCCCCGGCACACAGCACAGUCACACACCGGCGCACGUGUCGUCAUCACACUCCGCUCACUGCCUCGCUUCUCAAGAGGGACGUAAGCGAGGGAGGCGGAAGCGCGGCUCCACAGCGGCCAUGGCAACCAGCGGCUCACCUAAGAGGAGAUCAUUCCCUGGAAUCAACGCCAACAACCACUCCUCUGGGUCACCACUCAACAUCAAUUCCAUGGUGAGCAACAUAAACCAACCCCUGGAGAUCUCUGCCAUCUCGUCGCCAGAGCAAUCAAGCCGCAGCCCGGCCAGGACUGAAGUUGACCAACCUCCUGUCCUGAAGAGAGAGCGCCCUGUGGAAGUGAAUGGUACAGGUCACUACUCCUCCGCCCCCAGCUCUGAUGAUGACGACUCAGGAUACCCUGCUGACGGCUCCAGCUCACGAAUUGAAAGAAAAAUUGCUACAAUUUCCUUGGAAAGCAGAGAUGGACACAAUAGAAUAGGGGAAAAUGAAAGAGGCAGGAAGUCUGGAAACAGCAGUGGUAACAGCACAGGUAGUGAGGCCUCCUCCUCCUCAUCCUUGUCCUCUACAAGCAAAUGGAAGUCAACCUUUUCACCCAUUUCUGACCCCAAGCAAUCCAACUCAGACCUUAGACAAGGAGGAUCUCCGUUUGGAAUGGGAGGUUCAAACCGGGACUUAGACUCUGAUUACAAACAACACCAUCAGCAGCCAAGGAAGUGUAGCGAUGGAGAGUUAUCCAACUACCCCAACCCUUUCCUGAGUCAAGAAACUGGAAACCGCAGUGGUGCUAGCGGCGGAACCCAGGGCGGAAGCAUUUCUGAGCCGCGCCAGGCUCUACAGAAACCGAAGGCCCCUCGCGAUUGGGAGCUAAAGACCAGCAGUGGCCACUCCAGUCAGAACCUCUUCAUGUCUGCUGCCGCCAGCAAUGGAGGGGGCAUUCUAAGUGGGAAAGUUGGGGCCAGCGCUGUCACAGUUUCCUCGACAGGAUCCUCUGUGGGUCAGUACCUAGGUUCACAGUUUCCACUGGGAGGGACCUCGGUCCUACAGUCACUGUUCGGCGCCCAAACAGGAAGCUCCAAUGCAGGCGGGAACACACGACUGGUCAACGGACAUUCUGGCCUUGGGAGUUUCUCUACCGCUGGGCUGGCAGGUGGAGCAGCAGGAGGUAUCUUUCAUCAUGCGGUUCCCUCGGUGUCCUCCCAUCAGUUUGGGGCGUCGUUGCCCACCUCAGGAGGCCUCAGCUCUCUGCUCAGUCUCUCCUCCUCCCAACAAACCACCCCCCAGCCCGCCUCAAUGCGCCUGGCCUCCGCAUCCUCACCUCUCCCCUCAUCCUCCUCCUCCACAUCACAGGCCCAGCAUAGCCGCACCCAGUCGGUGCUGCACAGCCCCUCUACUCCCACGCUCUUGCUGCCCCCGCCGCCACCCCUGCACAGUGCUCCCUUGCACGCCGAAUCCCCACCACCCUCUCGGUCUGACUCCCUCCACUCUGUCCGUCUCUCCCACUCUUCUCUCCAUCACCAGAGGGCGCAUUCGUCCCUCACUCUUACCAUCUCAUCUUUCACCCCGUCCUCCUCUGCCGCUCUCUCUGCUACUGCUUCCUCCUCUUCCUCCUCGUCUCGUCCAUUCGCAGUACAUUACUCCCCCCGCCUUCCACCGACGCCACCCAGUAGCUCAGGUGGUGGCGUCAGCAGCAUGCGAAGGACUCAGGGCAUGCAUGGCGCCUACAGCACCUCCUCUUCACUCCCUGGCUCUCGACCGAGAUAGGUCUUGGGGGGAGGGAAUGGGGGGGCGGUGUAGAGGGAAAUCAGAGAGGAGAGAGACAUGUUGAGUUUGUUGUUCUAAACGAACAAGGUAAUUGCUGAAAACUACCUCAACAGGAAAUAAACUAUGCAAAUAUCCAGGUGUUGGACCAAGGCACUCUGCUCCUCACUCACUGGUGCUUUAAUUACAUCUGCACUACAGGACCGGCUUCUGUACUGGGACACACGCACAAACACACAGAUGUGAUCACCAUGAGCAGGAUCAACAGAACCGGUCAUGUUUUGAAUUGCAAAGUGUUAUAUUUCUUUUCACAUUGUUUCCUUCACAAAGAUGGUUUAAAGCUGCGGUUAAACUCUAGUAACAAUCAAUGAGUGUUAACAUCGAGCUGCUAAGUUCUAUCUCCCCCCAUGUGCAAGUGAUUAAAUCAACAAGCACACUACUUCCUGUCAUGGAGGUGCAACUUCCUGUUUGACCUGUUCAUUGAGCUCUGCUCUUUAGACAGUUGUUCCUAUUUGAGGUGUGUGUGAUUUUUGUUGUGAUGAUUCUAAACAUCUGACUGAUGAACAAGAUGAGGAAACGAUUUAGAUCUGCUUUCACACUGGAUUGCAACAUAGUUACUUUUGUAGCAUAAAAGGAUUGUCUGCUUGUGCAAACCACUUAGAUAUUUUCACUUAAUUAGGUCCCACCUAAAAAAAUAUAUAUCUAUCUAACUGAUCAAUAAUGGAGCUAUAAUUUGUUGACUAUCAAAGCGAUUGAUGUCCUAUCAUUGACAUAUCAGAGAGCGUGACUGCUGUUAGGUAAUAAGACAUAUUUGAGGUGUAAAAGCGUGCUUACUCCUAACAAAUAAGUGUUUAUUUCCGACUAGUUUAAGAAAAAAAGAGUUAAAUCCAUGAACUGUUGAUUACUCUGCUAAGAAACGGUGCUCUGUGUUCAUUCUCUCUGGCAGGUGAUGCGAUGCUGCCAAGUUAAGUGAAGUUGAAUCCAGGUAGUUCAUAUUAAUAAUAAUAAUAAUAAUAUCUGGAGCUUGUUUUUUUUGUAUUUAUUAGUCCUGUUGUCAAUUUUUCUAAGUGUGACGGAAACCUUUUCAAAGCAGGACAUUUUUAACCUCUUCUUAAGCUGAACUUUGUAUAUUUAUUUGUGCUGCUGGGUGCUAAGAGCAUGAUUUAGGACGCUAAAUAUACAUCUUCACACACUGGUAAAA